UUUGGAUAUCACACAGAACAGAACAGAACAGAACAGAAGAGAAAGCCACACCACACGACAUCACAGAAGGACCAAAGAUAAUCAAAAAUGAUGCUCAAGGUGCUACUGCUCACACUCACAGUCUGGCUGAGUCUGCUUUGUGCUGGCAGCAUGGCGAAACCUCAUCUGUUGGCCACAACGCCUGUGGGCUAUGCAACACCCGGUGGCGCUUGGCUAACAGCUGCAACAGCGCCAGUUGCAACACUGGGAGCUGCAUAUUAUCCGGCCUAUGCGGCGUAUACGUAUACGCCGUUGUAUUAUGGCUCAUACGCCACGUAUCCCUAUUACACGUAUCUAAGACGCUGACCAGAUCCCGGACAAGAUUAGUAGCCGAGGAGUUUGUUGCCUGUUGCCGUUUUGUGACUACAAUACAUACAAAUAUAUUGUUGUUACUACAUAUGUAUAUAUUGUAGGGCAUGUCCUUGUACUCGACUCGAUAAAAUUGAUUAAAUCUAAAUGCUCUUCGUGUGUAUAUGUGAUAUUUUACGCUGUUCUUACGUCGAUUCGAUUUGUGGUCUUGAUGGUAAAUAAAAAUAUUUAUGAAAUCAAAUAACACACGCACACACACGCAUAUAAAAUUAUAAACAAAUCAAUAAAGAAUAAAAUAGGCAAAGGCUGCUGAGUCUGAGCUUGUAUCUAAAUA